GCGAAGAAGAAACGGUGACAUGACGACUGCCGCCCGCCCGACGUGGAAUGCUGCCGUGGGGCAGAAGAAUGAAGGUGGAUGGAACUCUGGUGGUCAAGUGAGCAUGCAAUUCUCGGCCCGCGACUUACCGGCCCACAAGAAGCUCAAGACGCGACAGAUGGGGCAGGGUACUGUCGAGGAACUCGAAGGUCGCGACCUCAAGAGCGAGUUGGCCGAACGCGAACGCCAGUACCAAGCCGAAAAGGACAAGGUCGUCGAUGUCGCACAGCAGAAGAUUCUACGCCUGAAGGAGAACAAACUUCUCCUGUUAAAGGGAGAUGAGUGGGAGGACCGUGCGAAGGAGAUACAGUCCCAGUACGACGAUGCCGAUGACGACACGCGGAAGGAUGACAGUGGCAGCGAUAACGAUUCCGACUCGGACGACGACGACGACUCGGAAGAUGAAGAAGCAGAACUCAUGCGAGAACUGGAGAAGAUCAAGAAGGAACGGGAAGAGGAGCGAUUGAAGAAGGAGGCAGCCGAUCGCGACGCCGAAGAGAGCCUGCGCAAGGAAGAGAUUCUGCUGGGCAACCCCCUGACGUCGCAGCAGAGUAAGAAUCCGACGGGCAGCGCGACGAUCAAGCGCAAGUGGAACGACGACGUCGUGUUCAAGAACCAAACGCGGCACGAACCCGAGACGAAGAAGCGCUUCAUCAACGACACCAUCCGCAACGACUUUCACCGCCGAUUCUUGAAGACGUACAUUCAAUAGAUUGCGUCACGCAUCGUUCAAGUGCAUGCCCAUGCUUUCUACAUCCAAAAGGGGCGAUCCGAACUACCCCUUGACGCAUCCAACGAGCCGAGUGUUUCGAAGUUAGUGGGGACAUUUGUACUGCCGUCACAGUGAUCGGUACACACCGCCAUGCUUUCUACACACGCCAUCGGCAAUGGCUCCUCUCGUACAUCCAGACGCGGUGCAUCUACCACCGAUCGAGAGGCGUCUUGAUGUGUUGGCCGGCGCAUGUGUCGCGCGGUGGUGGGAGCACAUGCCUUUCGUCCGUGCGUGUCUGGUGCAGUUGUCGACCAUGCACAGGCGCUUGGCGGGACCUCUUUGCGACAGAAUUUGGACGAUCGGGGCAAGCAGAGGCAUAUCGAGACUCUUGAAGAACUCGAGCUCGUCGGGCGAGAGAUCGAUCUCGGUCCCCGAUUGAAUCGGUUGGGUGGCUGGGAUGGGGGUGUCGAUCGUGGCGGUCCACGACGCGACCACGGGCUGCACGUCCAUGUCGAAGAUAGAGAGCAGGUCGUCGGCGUUGUUUGGCAGCGCCAGGUCGCCGCCGUCCAGGUACAACAUGUCGUCGGUGACGAUACAGUUGGGGUUAUCGUCGGGGACGGACGACAGUAGGCCGAGCCAGGAAGUGUCCAUGGUGGCGCGGUCGAUGAUCGGCACGUUGUCGAGUGCGCUGGUGGACCGCCAUGAAGGCGCCGGUCGCUCCGAAGGUCGGUGUUCCAGAACAACGCCGACGCACGGCGUCACACAUCCC